UAGUGGAGCUAUACCUUUCAUAAAAACAGUACUUUGGCCCGAGUCUGAUCUAUGUAUUUUGCAAGUCAAGAUGAGAAAUUAUUCAAGCGAUGUCCCAAAUUUUCUAGGGUUUCUACAGUGAACACUGGAAAAGUGUGAAUUGAACAAAAUUACAGGCAGUAAUGACAGACAGUCAUAAAAGGAUAGCAAUAGAUAAUGGCACAGAUGAUAUAGUUAGUGGCCUGCCAAGAAACUUAAUAGACAACAUUCUAGAGCGCAUGCCCGUUCGAGAUGCAGCAAGGACGAGUAUCUUGUCAAGAAACUGGAGGUAUAUUUGGUCUUCACUCCCACAUCUUGUGCUUGAUAAACGCUUCUUUGCAGAUAUCAUUCGCAACAACCCACUGUACGCAUAUACGUUUGUGAGCAUAAUCAGUAAUAUACUGUUACUUCACAGUGGCCCCGUUCUGAAAUUUUCUCUCUACAUUCCAAACACACAUUGUGAUUGGGACCUACAUGUCACUCAGUGGCUAUUGUUCCUUUCACGGAAUGGUAUCAAGGAACUCAACUUGGAUAAUCGGAAUGUUAAAUCCUAUAAGCUGCCUUCUUAUGUUUUCUCUUGUCCAGAAUUGACACAUUUGAAGCUCCGUAACUGUGUAUUUAAACCACCAGAGGUGUUUGGUGGGUUUUGUAACCUAAUUAGCCUUCACUUCGAGAAAAUGGUGUUCGCUGCCAAUAUAUUUGGAACUCUUGUCCCUAGUGUGCCAUUGCUUGAGACGUUGAACUUUUCAGGCUGCACUGGCAUUGAACAUUUUAAUAUCCAUUCCCCAAAACUCAAAACCUUCUUUGCCACUGACAGUCGUGAUGUUAAAUCAAUCUCUUUCCAAAGUACCCCAAACUUGACCAUGAUCUCUAUUGUAUUGGGAAAGAAAGCUGAAAACCCCGGGCAAGGAAGUACAAUCAAUUUGAACAAGUUUCUUUAUGAUUUGCCUAGAAUUUUGAAGAUUUGUUUUGAUGGAUUUUUCCUUAAGCUUUUGGCUGCAGGUCCUGUUCCAUGGGUGUUCUCUAUUCCUUUUAACCAACUGAAGCAUCUUGUGUUUACUAAAAUAAGAUUUGAUGAUCUGGAUCAGAUGUCAUGUGUCCUUUGUUUGCUCAGAAGUUCUCCUAACUUGAAGAAACUCCGGAUGACAGCCUCUGCAGUCAGGGAGAAUGCCGUGGAACCGAAUCCAAGUUAUUUGGAAGCACCAGGCUUCAUCUUCCAGAUGUUGAACCAACUUCGAACUGUAAAGAUAACUUCCAUCACAGGUUUGAGGGCCGAAUUGCUUUUCAUCAAAUGCAUUCUCGCUUGUUCUCCAUUUCUUGAGACAAUGCAUGUUCAGUACCAUCAAAUAGUUGAUGCACAUGAGGGGUUUAGAAUCUCAACAGAGCUGAUGCGAUUUAGUCGGGCAUCACCAAGGGCAGAAAUAAUAUAUGUGAAAUCCUAAGGUAGUUUAGUCCUGUGAUGAUAUUUGUUCUUGACUCCUAUUCAGACCGACCGUGUGCCUUAUCCUUUUGCAUCCUUUCACUAAUAAGGGGUCUUCUAUUUUCUAUGAAUUAUAUGUUGCUUUAUUAGAAAAUUAUUGUACUUGAACAUGUAAUAUGUUGUUUUGUAUUGGUUUUUCUGUAAUUUGUAAAAAAGAAUAUGUAUAUAUCCAUAAAUCUAGUUGGCUACUCUGGUAGGUUUCCUACUCUUGAUUACAAGGCUUGAGUUGCGCAAUCCUUUCACUUUCCAAACUGAGAGAAUAGUGACAUAUAAAGGUCCACUGCAAGUUUAGUUUUCAAAUUCAGUGAACUACAUUACAGCUCUGGUUUAGUGAAUACUACUUUGUUCCUCAUUAUUAUGUUUCA